AUGCCGAGACGAUCGUUCCGCCAGGAGACGUUGGUUGGAAAGAAAGUUGUUUCCAAAUCGCACGUUUUGAGCAAAGACCCGGAUGAGUACCUGAAAUCGGAUUCUGUUGGUACUGGACAUCGUAGGUUUUUAAAAAUUUAUAAAAAAUUUGAAUAUUUCGUGAAAAGGGGACAUGUUAUACGAUCUAAUAUGUCCAGAAGCAAUAAAAAUUUUUCAGCGUAUAAAAUGUCGCUUUUAAUCAAAAAAUUUUUAAAUUUGCAAAAGUAAGGUUUAAAAUGACAUUUUCAUUAAUAUUUUUAAAAUUUUUGUUAUUUUUUGUUAUUGUGUGACAUGUUAUACGAUCAAACAUAUUUUUUGGUUUGGACAUACUGCGUCAUAUAAAAUGUCGCCUUUAAUCGAAGAGUUUUACAAAUUUGCAAAAAAAUGCCAUUUUUAUUAAUAUUUUUUAAAUUUUUUUAUAAUUUUUUUAGUUGGUGACAUGUUAUACGAUGAAACUUGCCUGACAACAGAAACAUGUUUCAUCGUAUAAAAUGUCGCUUUUAAUGCAAAAUUGUGAAAAAUUGCAAAAAUAGGUUUUAAAAUGGCAUUUUCAUUAGUAUUUUUAUAAUUUUUAUCGUUUUUUGUUAUUUGGUGACAUGUUAUACGGUGAAAUAUGUCCAUAAUCAAUAAACAUGUUUGAUCGUAUAAGAUGUUGCUUUUGGUAAAAAAUUUUGAAAAAUGACGAAAAUAGGUUUAAAAAUGGUUUUUUAUUAAUAUUUUUUAAAUUUUUACAUUUUUUUUGUAAUUUGGUGACAUGUUAUACGAUGAAAAGUGUACAAACUUAAAAAACAUGUUUUAUCGUAUAAAAUGUCGCUUUUGAUAAAAAAUUUUGAAAAUUUGCAAUAAAUUAGUCUAUUGUUUCUAAUUUCAGCGCACAACAACCUCCUGGCCAGUAUCCAAGGCACCUGCCGUAAGAAGCACCGUACCCUGCCCAUUUACAAGUUUCAACCCACCCGCCAGCAGAAGCUGCGCCAUACCCGCCCACGCCAACGACUUCUCAAUUACCGGUCGAGAAGUGGGUCGAAGGGCAAAACUUUUGCCAAAAACUCGCUUUUGGGACUAUGCAAAGGUGGUACUGGUACCAGUGUACCAAACGUUGAUGGUACCAAUGAAAAGUUGUUGGACUACUUUUUCGACCGGUCGAAUGCGGCCAAGAAUGGAAGAGUGGAAGUGAGAUUGGAUCAGAAUGGCAAUUUUGUUGGGGGUUCAAUAAGAAAUGGCAGUUUGAACGGAAAAAUCAAUAGUGGCAUUGGUGCCAAAAAGCUGAAACCGGUCGAUUUUGAAGACGAAACUGGUCGUAUUGGCAAGGAUAAUAUGGUCAGAAUACGCAACUGUCAGUCGCCGAUCCAGCUAUCCGAUCGCGACGCCAAAUAUAUUCGGAUUUUGGCUAAGAAUCGUACCAACAGUACCAAAAGUCCCAAACAGACGACUGGUACUGAUGGAGCCAUAUCGACCGGUCGAGACCGAAGCCCACGGUUGGUGACGGCCAGAGAUCGACUGAUGACUCCGAAGAAUGUGACUGGUCGAGAUUAUAGUCCAGGACAGUUGGCUGAGAAGGAUGGGAAAUCGACCGGUCGAAAAGAGGCUAAACGAAAAUCGACCGGUCGAAAAGAAGCUAAUGGAAAAAGACGGUCCAAGGGUUUAGCUAGCCGAUCCAAGAGCUCAGCUAGCCGCUCUGAAGCCUCAGCCAGCCGGUCCAAGACUUCGGCUAGCCGAUCUAAGACCUCAGCUAGCCGGUCAAAGUCAUCUGUCAGCCGGAUCAAUGCCUAUAACGGCCAAUCCAAGUCUAAAUCGAGCCAGUCCAAGCAGUCCAAGAGCUCUAUUAGUCGGUCCAAAGAUUCGGCUAGCCACUCGGAAGUUGAAAACCAGCCUAAGCAUGAGGGAAGUCGGUUCAAGCUGAAAGAGGGCCAGUCCAAGUUGAAAGAUGGUCAGUCCAAGCUGAAACAAAAUCAGUUCAAGCCCAAAACUAGCCAGUCCAAGCCACUAGCCAGCCGCUCCAAGUCCACAGUAAGCCGGUUCAAGUCUUCGGAAAGCGAAACUGGCUGCCCGGCUAAAAUAGCCGGCUGUGCCAAGCCGCCCAGACAGUGUCUGAAGCCCUUUUGCGAAGCCAAACGCCGAGCCAACAAGCUGAUGCCAGUCAAGUGCAAUUGCCGAACCCGCCAGCCUAGCUGUGAGCAUCGACCAAGGCAGUAUGAGGUUAAAAAUGGCAGUGGUUUGGCUAAUUUAAGAAGAAAUGGCAGUGAUAAGAGUAGUCCAAGAAGAAAUGGCUCGGCUAGCCAAAAAAGAAGUGGCAAUGAUUUGGCUAGCCAAAAAAGGCUGAUCAGUGUAGCCGACUUCAAGAAGGAGUUCAAGAACGUCAUGGGCAUGUCACCAGGCAAGUACCAUUCAGAAUCGACCAAGCACUCUAAUAGUACUGUAGAAUCGACCAGUGGAUCAUACCGUAGUGCAGAAUCGACCAGUGCACCCUACAGUAAUGCAGAAUCGACCUGCAUUACUGUAUCGACCAGUAGACCAUACUGUAAUACAAGACCAGCCAAGCCCUCAAAGCAGCCCAGUUCAGCCUCAAAACCAGUCAAAUGGGCCGAGAAUGAAGUGGUACAGGUCAAGAAAAAGAAGGGCUCCAGUCCAAUGAUCUAUGGUGUUAGUCCAGGCAAAAAGCGAACCAAAGACGAUGAUGGUACUGGAUGUGGAAUGAACUCAAUGUAUCGUGCUAAGAAGGCGAAGAUGAACACGAUUUUGGAUAAAAAGAGGACGAAAAGUAACAAAGAAGGAAGAAAAAGUAGAAAUGAAGGAAGAAAAAGUGAAAAAGAAGGUAGAAAAAUUAGAAAUAAUGGAAGAAAAAGUGAAACAAAAGAAGAAAAAAGUACAAAAAAAGGAAUGAAAAGUGGAACAGAAGGAACUAAAGGAAGAACUGAAAGAAAUGAAAGAAGAACAGAAAGAAAUAAAAGUAGAACAAAAAGAAAAGAAACCACAAAAGAAGGAAGAAAAAGCACCAAAGAGACCAAAAACAGUCCGAAAGAAGCUAAAAUUAUUGUCAAUGAAGACAAACACCCAGACACCCCCACCAGCCCAUCUUAUAUCAGUCUUGUUAAUGUAGACAGAGACGCGAAUCUUCAGCAGCAAAAGCCUAGUCCAGCCGAAAGCCGCCAAUCCAGACCAAGAACUAGAAGAACGAUUAGUUCAGCUGGAUUUGGAAGUGCUCAACGAAGAGGUGGAUAUGCUCAAGGUGGAGUUGGUGGACCUCAAAGGGGUACUUUUGAAGCUCAAAGAGGUAGGUGAUGUAGCUCAACUUCUUUAUGCCAUAACUUUUUGUUAAAGAUAGAUGAAUUUUUGAAACUUUUACAAAAUAUAGAAUAGUCUUUUUGUCGUAUAGCCUGAAAACGAUUUUUCGAAAUUUUGAUAAAUGACAAAGUUACAGUGAUUUACGAUACCCUAUAUUUUUGAAAGUUGGAAACAUGUUUCAUCGUAUAAAAUGUCGCUUUUUUAAUACAAAAUGAAAUUUUUAGUUUUUGUAGGCUUUUUUGGGCUAUUCUCGACCAUUUUUAUGAUAAAAAGUUUGUAAUUUUUUGUUAAGCGACAUGUUAUACGAUGAAAUAUGUUACACAUGUCUGAUCGUAUAACAUUUCUCUUUUUUAUAAAAAUUGAAAAAUUUAGUUUUCGUAGGCUUUUUGGAACAUUCUUAACAAUUUUUAUGAUAAAAAGUUUGUCAUUAUUAAUUAGGUGACAUGUUAUACGACGAAGCAUGUUUUGUCGUAUACAUGUUUCAUCGUAUAACAUGUCGCUUUUUUAUAUAAAAACUGAAAAUAAUGGUGUUAACAGGCCUUUUGGGUCAUUCUUAAUGAGUUUUGUGAUAAAAAGUUUUCUUUUUUUGUUAGGCGACAUGUUAUACUAUGAAACAUGUUUGAUCGUAUAACAUGUCGCUUUUUAAAAAAACUAAAAAAUUUUUAAAAAUUUUCAAAUUAUUAAUGAAAUUGCUAAAUCUUUUCAAAACUUUAAUUUAAAAAUUCAAUUUUUUUAGAAGCCUACAACCGUGCCUCAGCGUUCCGCGGUCUCUACGGUGCGCGGCUCAGAAGUCUGUCCGUGAACCGUGAGCCCAGAAGUCAUUCCUGCAUUGAGCUAGGACGUAGAAGAGCUUCAGUAUGCGUCCUAUAUCGUGCCGAACAACCUGAGUAUCGUACUGUGGUUCAUACCGGAAUGUACGGUGCGUGGCUGAGAAGUUUGUCGAACUCCAGAAGUCAGUCGAAGGAGUUCUCCAGAUGUCAGUACAUGGAUCCGGGCUACAGUGGUGUAGCGUGUCGGAAUAUCUUUGAUGAAACGAAUUCUGGAGCUUCUGGAAAUCAAGGUUUUGGGCAGGAUUCUGAUGUUGAAAGGGGUAGAAGCGAAGAUUCUGAAGUCAGAAAGUUUGGAAGUGAAGAUUCUGAAGCUCACGGUGAAGGAUUCAGAUGGAAGAAGCAAACUUCAGAAGGUCACGGUAAAGAAUCAAGCUACAAAUCCAAGAACCUGGCUUCACGAACGGCUAGAAAACGUGCUGAUGCUUCUGUAGCACAUCGUGAGAAGUCUAGAAUCCAUGAAUCUUCAGAGCUGUGUCGUCAGAAGUCCAGAAGUCGUGGUUUUUCUGGAGCUCAUCGUCAGAAGUCUAUCAGUCAAGGAUCGCCUGUGAAUGGUCGUGAGAAGGCUGAAGGGCAUCGUGGUAAGGCUGUAGCUCAUCGUGGAAAGUCAGAAUUUGAUUAUGGAAAAUCAGAAUCUCACCGUCAAAAGUCAGAAUUACACCGUAGAAAAUCAGAAUUUGAUCGUCAAAACUCAGAAUCUUAUUCUCAAAAAUCUGAAUCCAAACGCGCCAAAUCCAGAAGCCAAGGAGCAACAAAGGUUUAUCGACAGAAGUUUGAACUUCAUCGACAAAGCCCCAGAAGCUAUGGAGCCGAUCGUGCAAACUUUAGAAGCCGAGAAGCGGGCUCCAGAAGCCCCAGCGAUUUGAUAACACGCUACAGAAAGAAGUCACAGCGUCUGGCGUUGAAGCAACAGGGAAGGGAUCCAUCGAACAGUGAGGUGGAUUCUGAAUCUUCUUCAAGACAUGCUUCUGAAUCUCCUUCACGGAAGACUUUUGAAGCCUUUUCACGAAAGAAUUCUGAAUUUUUGGCACGGAAGGCUUCUGAAUUCUCAUCACGAUGUGCUUCAAGGUCUUCGUCACGGAAGGCUUCUGAAUCUUUGGCAAAAAGGGAUUCUAAAUCUUCACGGAAGGCUUCAGAAACUUCUUUACGGUGUGCUUCUGCGAAAGAAAAGGCUAGCUACAAGGAUUCUGGAGCUCAGAAGAGACGGACUAAGGAAUUGCCUGGCUACGUCAACAUUGCUGAGGCUGUAGCUAGUCAGAAGAAAGGCAGAGGUUCUGGAGUUGACUACGAUAAGGUCAAGGAUUCUGAAUCUAGCUACAAUAACAACAUGGCUUCUGGCUACAAGAAGAACAAGGAUUCUGGCCCUGCCUACAACAAGGUCAAGCCCUCCGAUCCAGCCCACAAAGCCAAGCCCUCAGCCAACAACAAUCCCAAACCAGCCUCACCAAGCCAAGCCAAGUGCAGCCGAACCCACCGCCUCGUAGCCACGGCCGACGGCGUCAGUCUAGGCGGCGGUCAAGGCCGCUUCAAAGCCAAACGCAUUCUGAAGAUCAGCCUCCGCUCCGACGGCCGUACCUACAAGUUUGCUCUGCCCAUCAACAUCUACUCGGACAACCCCAACAACCAGGUCGAGAUCAUAACCACCGAGCUAGCCGUGAAGUGA